UUUCCUCGACAUUAAACUAUUCCGAAAGAUGAAACAGCAUCAGAAGGAUGCGAGCACUGACGGUCCUAGGGGGAUCCCGGAAGUGCGUGGCAGCGGUCCCGCCUCCCAGGCCGUGCUUCCUGUCCAUUGUUCGCUGCGGCUUUCGCUGUCCUUGGUGUGCCCCGAGAGAGGCCGCCGGCGUCCCUGCCACCGAUCGCCGAGGGGAGGAGACCCAGCCCCGGGGCAGCCCGGCCUGUGAGUCCGACCCCACACCCUGGGGAGGGGCCGGACCGCGCCCGGGCCCAGGAGCCGAGCUGGGCCGGAGCCGGAGCUCGGAGGAAGACGGGAGCCGACAUCUUCCUCCUAGGGCAGGGCGAGGCCGGAGCUGCUGGGCUGGGGCCGGAGCCGGUAACGGUUUAGGGCUUCAGCAAAGAGACAGCACAGAAAGUAUCUUGAAGCAAGAGGCUCCAGAAAUGAAGGAAUCUUCCAGUGAGUUGUUGGCAGAAUCUGACACUGGCAGGGCCCAGCAUCUGUUUGGUGACUGGGGUAGGGCUGAUGGUGAAACCAAGGAGCCUAAAUUGGAAGAACAAUUGAAGACCCCACCAAUGGAAGGAAAAAUGGGUAAAUCCAACACUCCAACAAAGGGCCAAGGAAAAUUAAUUGGCCAUGAGAGACCUGACACAGAGGAAAAACCCUUUAAGUGCCUGGACUGUGGAAAAUGCUUUGGCCGAAGCACUCAUCUCAGUCUCCAUCGGAGAACCCACACUGGUGAAAAGCCUUACAAGUGUGGAGAUUGUGGUCGGUGCUUCAGUGAUGGUUCUGCCCUCAUCCGCCAUCAGCGGAUCCACACAGGUGAAAGGCCCUAUAAAUGUAAGGAGUGUGGAAAAUGCUUUGGCCGAAGCUCUCAUUUGGAGUUGCAUCAGCGGACACACCUUGGAGAGAAGCCCUACAAGUGCCCUGAGUGUGGCAAAGGGUUCCGUGAUAGCUCAGGUUUGGCCAGACACCAGGGCAUCCAUACUGGUGCCAGUCCCUACAAGUGUAGUACAUGUGGCAAGAGCUUUAAUGACAGCUCAGCCUUCAUCCGUCACCAGCGCAUCCACACAGGUGAAAAGCCCUAUGUGUGUGUGGAGUGUGGCAAGAGUUUCAGUGACAGUUCCAACUUCCGUACACACCAGAAAUCUCAUUGGGAGGAAAAGCCCUUCAAGUGCACAGCUUGUGCAAAGAGCUAUGUGCGUAGGUCAGACCUUGUUAUACACGAGAGGACACACACUGGUGAGAAGCCUUACCAAUGCAGUGACUGUGGCAAGAGCUUCAACCAGAGGUCUGGCCUCAUCAUCCACCAGACCACUCACACAGGGCAGAAACCCUUCAGCUGUAGCAAGUGUGGGAAGAGUUUUGGGCACCACUCAUAUCUCCUGAAACAUCAGAGGACUCAUUUUAGAGAGUUUCCAGAGAAACCCCUAGAAUAGAGACAUGACCUUUAUUCUCGCCAAAUGAGCCUCCUCUAGAUCAUCAGCCAUUCAUGCACCUAGCCAGGUCAGCAGCAUCCAUUUUGGAGAGGGCUAGAUGGGAUGUGUGUGAACCUUGUGAGUACUGAACUCAUGACC